GAUAAAAGAACGACCACAAUUUUGCUGGGAGAGCCAAGUAGAAAUUCUACUACGUAAAGAAAUGGAUGCGACUGCUAAAAUCUCGGCCCUAGCUUCGAUAGAAGCUUCCCAAUACACCCUAUCUCACAACGCUCUUUUGUAAUCAAUAGCAAAUGCAUCCAUUAUUGCAAUCAAAAUUCAAGACAGCAUUAGCAAGUUUAACUUGGCCUUCCACAUUUCAUGCCUGUUGGUUAGCAACUAAUUUGACAGAAUAUGGCACUUGAUAGCCUUAAAUAUUUAUGCAUCUUCCACUUUGCAUUGAUUGAUCUUGGAUGAAAUUUCUUCACUUCGGAGACUUGCCAUGUCAUCCCUGGGCUGCUAGCAAAAAUGACACUGCUGGUGUUGGCUGAAUUAUCAGGAGAGAUGCGACCUAUGUUGGAAAGUGGGUUCAAAACUCUUCAUCACCAUUGCAAGACAAAAAACACAUUGAGCAAACCACGUUUGCCGCCACUGGGUCUCCAAUACUAUACCAUUGUUCUCCAUGGUUAGCUACUGGUUGUCAUGGUUGACUCUCUGUUUUCAUCUUGAAUUCCCUGCUGUUCAUUUGUUAAAACAUGAGAACUUUGAUAUCAAUUACAAGAGCAUCACAAAGUAGCAUUGAUAAUGGAAAUGAGAAAUAAGAAUUAAAGAAAAGCAUAUCUACUUGAAAUGAAUUUCAAGUUUAAUCAUAAUUCUACUCAAAACAUACUUUCAAGGAGUUAGAGUCAUUAUGGGUUGAGAUUUCCCUGGAGUCUGAGUACAACUUAGUCUAUGACAACUCAACAGAAAGAAACCUACAAAUUGGAAGUCCAUGAGCAACUUUGCAUCAGCUGCCAUUCUUUGAAACAAAUUGAACUCAGAAGCGAUUUACCUACUCAAGGUAUAAUAGACUGACCAACAUCCUGUCACCCUCCCAGCUGACUGAAAUUGAGCACCUCCAAGAGAUUAAAACCUUAUGGUCCAAGAACUUUUAAAGGAAGAAUCUUAAUUAGUUUUACCAUAAGACUAUGCUCAUUGUACUAAUUAACAAAAUAUUAAAAAAUCA